AUGGCAACCGACACAGUUGUAUAUAUCAGCAACUCUCCAGAAAACCCUUCACUGGUUCUCUUCUACAGCGAAACGCUGUUUUCGAAUUUCACCACAAGCCCAUUUAAGGCAAGAGUUCACGGCAAGGAAUAUCGAUUUCAAUGCAGCGAGCAAUAUUUCAUGUUCCGCAAAGCGAUGCUGAUAAAUGACGAGGAAUCGGCGCAUCAGAUAUUGGCAAGCAACAGUCCGGCGAAGAUGAAAGCGAUUGGAAGGAAACUGAAAAUGAGUAGAUCCGAUUUGACAAAAUGGGCGACGGUCGGAAUUGCGGCGAUGAGAGAAGCGCUAGUUGGAAAAUUCACACAAAACGAGCGAUUCCGACUAUCGCUAUUCCGAACGCGCGGAUUUGAGCUUGUCGAAGCAUCGCCAACCGAUACGGUUUGGGGAAUUGGAAUGGGCACGAACGACGUGGAAGCGAUUGAUAAGGCGAAUUGGAAGGGCAAAAACCAGUUGGGCAUUCUCCUCGAUGAUGUUCGAGAUGAGCUUUGGAGGUGCGACGAGUAUAAGAAAGAGCGAGAGAUUGUCGAGAAAGAAAGUAUGGCCAAACGAGCGAGCAUAUUGGAAAGUGAAACUAUUUAA